GAUCCAGUGACUGCCGAAACUGGCCUUCCGCUAGCUCUUGCCCUUGUCUGGAAUCAAAGUUAGAGACCCAGGGGACUGAGGCCACCAUGGCUCAGAAGUCUCUCAUCCUGUUCCCACUGCUAGUCCUGGCGCUGUUGGUGCUGGGGUGGGUCCAGCCUUCCCUGGGCAAGGAAUCACGGGCUAUGAAGUUUCAGCGGCAGCACAUGGACCCAGAGGGCUAUCCCACCGACUCCAGCUACUGCAACCAAAUGAUGAGGCGCCGGAAAAUGACAGAGGGAAGGUGCAAGCCGGUGAACACUUUUGUGCAUGAGCCUUUGGUGGAUGUCCAGGCCAUUUGCCUCCAAGGAAACAUCACCUGCAAGAAUGGGCAGCCCAACUGUCACAAGAGCAGCUCCAGCAUGAAUAUCACAGACUGUCGCCUGACGAAUGGUUCCAAGUACCCCAACUGUGCAUACCGGACCAGCCAGAAAGAGAGGCAGAUCAUUGUGGCUUGUGAGGGAAACCCCUACGUGCCUGUCCACUUUGAUGCUUCAGUAGAGGUCUCCAUCUGAGACCAGAGCAGUGGGAUGUCCCAUCUCUUCCUGCCACCUGCCUCUCCUCUCUUUCUUCCCUGCUCUGAGGGAAAUAAAUUAGGGUUCCUAUCCAACACAAACAUGCUCCCCUGGUCUGAGGCUUGUCCUUGUGUGGUUUGGAGAGUAAGGAGUGGGUUGUGAGGUGGGCUCCAUGUUAACCACUUUACUGCUUCUUUCAAUAAAACUCAGUUGCAACCACCUGGAUUCAUGAAGAUUUCUCCAUUCCUGCUU